UCCGUCUCUCUCCGUCAAAACACUCCUCUCCUCCGCGAAUCUCGUGUUUCAGCUGGAAAUGGCCGCGCAGGAGGUGGCCUCGCAGCCCAGCGACACUCUGGCGACGCUCAAAACCGAAUCCGAGACGCUGAAGACGAAGCUGGAGGAGGAGAGAGCCAAGCUGCACGAUGUCGAGCUACAUCAAGUGGCAGAGAAGACUGAGGCUUUGGGUCAGUUUGUCAUGAAGACCAGGCGAACCCUGAAAGGCCAUGGAAAUAAAGUCCUGUGUAUGGACUGGUGUAAAGACAAGAGGAGAAUCGUCAGCUCAUCUCAGGAUGGAAAGGUGAUUGUAUGGGAUGCCUUUACAACAAAUAAGGAGCAUGCGGUGACUAUGCCCUGCACGUGGGUCAUGGCCUGUGCUUACGCCCCCUCUGGAUGUGCAGUGGCUUGUGGUGGGUUGGACAAUAAAUGCUCUGUGUACCCUCUAUCCCUGGACAAGAACGAAAACCUUGCCGCCAAGAAGAAAUCAGUGGCCAUGCACACCAACUACCUGUCCGCAUGCUGCUUUACUAACUCAGAUAUGCAGAUCCUGACGUCUAGCGGUGACGGCACGUGUGCUCUUUGGGAUGUAGAGAGCGGUCAGAUGCUGCAGAGCUUCCAUGGACACGCGGCUGAUGUGCUGUGUCUGGAUCUGGCCCCCUCUGAGACUGGAAACACAUUCGUGUCAGGGGGCUGCGAUAAGAAGGCUUGCGUGUGGGACAUGCGCACGGGACAGUGCGCCCAGUCUUUUGAGACCCAUGAAUCAGACAUCAACAGUGUGCGGUACUAUCCGAGCGGAGAUGCUUUCGCUUCAGGCUCAGAUGACGCUACUGUGAGUCUUUUCCCAUCUUGCAUAUUUUUCAAAUGCUACCUUUCGAAAGUUUGGAAACAUUUUAAUUUUUGA